UUUUGUAGAGAAAAUUCAAAUGGGAGUUGCUAGUGCUAAUGUUUUCCGUGGUGCUAAAGGAUAUUUUGGUCCGGGAUAUAUAGGACAGUUUAAAAAGGCUUGGGAACGUUUUGCUUAUACUUAUGGUUGGUCAGGCCGUCAAUAUGGUCUUCAUAUUCAUGAUGCAUUUUGGGAGCCAGAUCCAGAAGUUACUGAGGCAAUCCGUCGUUAUCGCCUAGCUGAUCCUUAUGGGUAUGAUCUUCGUCAACAACGUAUUUUACGCGCAAGUUUUUUGGUCAUGAACCAUGAACGUUUGCCUAAAAGCGAGUGGACUACAUACGACGGGGAUAGCUGUUAUUUGGGUUCAAUCUUGGAGGAUAUUGAAAAAGAGAAGUUAGAGCGUGUUCGAACUACUGGCAUUAAACCAGGCUAUCAGCUGAAACUUCAGCUUUGA